GCCAGCGCGCCCGGCCGCCGCCUCGGGGUAGCAUGGCCGUGAGCGCGGCGGCCGCCCCCGCCGCAGAGCCGCUGCCCCGCAGCAUCUUCAAGAAGUUCCUGGUGAUGCUCUGCUCGCUCCUCAUGUCCCUCUACGUCUUCUACUGCCUGGCCGACCGCUGCCAGACCCUGCCCGGGCCCAUCAUCGCCGCCGGCGCCGCCUCGGAGGAGGAGGAGGGCGGCGGCGGAGGGCUGCUGGGGGGCUCGGCCGAGCUGCCCCCCUGGCAGGCGGCGGCGGCGCGGCGCAAGCGGCUGCAGCAGCGGCUGAAGCAGCGGCGGCGGCGGCAGGAGGCGGCGCCGGGCGAGGCGGGGGCGGCGGGCGGCGGGAGCCGGGCCGGCGGCUCGGGCGGCGGGGCGGGCACGGCCGGCACCCUGGCGCUGCUGCUGGGCGAGGGCAGCAAGCGCCUGCCGCAGGCCAUCAUCAUCGGCGUGAAGAAGGGCGGCACGCGGGCGCUGCUGGAGUUCCUGCGGGUGCACCCCGACGUCCGCGCCGUCGGCGCCGAGCCCCACUUCUUCGACCGCAACUACGAGCGGGGACUCGCCUGGUACAGGGAGCUCAUGCCCAGGACCCUGGAGGGGCAGAUCACCAUGGAGAAGACCCCCAGCUACUUUGUCACCAAGGAGGCCCCGGCCCGCAUCUCCUCCAUGGCCAAGGGCACCAAGCUCAUCGUGGUGGUGCGGGACCCCGUGACCAGAGCCAUCUCGGACUACACCCAGACGCUCUCCAAGAAGCCAGAUAUCCCCACCUUUGAGAGCCUGACCUUCAAAAACAGGACUACGGGCCUGAUCGACACGUCCUGGAGCGCCAUCCAGAUCGGCAUCUACGCCAAGCACCUGGAGAACUGGCUCCUCUACUUCCCCAUCGGGCAAAUCCUCUUUGUCAGCGGGGAGAGGCUGAUCAGCGACCCCGCGGGGGAGCUGGGCAGGGUCCAGGACUUCCUGGGCCUCAAGAGGAUCAUCACCGACAAACACUUCUACUUCAACAAGACCAAGGGCUUCCCGUGCCUGAAGAAGGCGGAAGGCAGCAGCAAACCCCACUGCCUGGGCAAGACGAAAGGCAGGACCCACCCCGCCAUCGCGCAGGAGGUGGUGCAGAGGCUGCGGGACUUCUACCGGCCCUUCAACAUGAAGUUCUACCAGAUGACGGGGCAGGACUUCGGCUGGGACUGAGGCUGGAAAGAAAUAAUUUAAGAAAAGGAAAAUAUAAUAUAAUAUAUAUUUUUUUUUACGUAUCAGUAGAGAGGAGGAAAAUACAGAAAAAAACCCCAGUUGUGCUGAAACAUGCUUUGGUUGGACUUUUUAUUUCUUCCGACGUUGCUUUGUUUUCUUUCUUCUCUCAGAGGCGAGGCCUGGUCCUACUGACACGGCCUCAGCUUGGCUGUGUCCAUCCCUGGCCCCAGGGUCAGCCCUGGCUCUGCAAACACAACCCCGCAGGUGCAGAGUCGCCUCCGGCAGUGUGGUGCUGGGGGCGGCUCAGAGCCUUAC